UUACUUUCGCUUGAAAUGUGUUGCCUUGACUGCGAUUAUCAACAACGAAGACAAUUCUUGGGUCUCAUGAUUCAUCAAAUUUCACUUUUUCAGUGGACGUGAGAAUCCUAGAGAGGCAAAUCCAGGCUUGAAAACAGAUGUCUUCCUCUGGUGUGUGCCAGAUUGAUGCUUACAGUACUUUAAUUGCAACACAACUUGAUUGCAUCUCUUAUUCUAGUGAGCUGUACAAAGUGGAUUAAAAUGUCAGAGGUAAAAGAAGAAGACCAUUCCAAUGCUGUAGAAACUCCAGAGGAUAACAACACCGUUCAAGUUGUGAUAGAGCCUGCCACUCCAAGGGAUGGGAAGAGAGAAAGUGAAAGUGAAAAGGAAAUCUUAAAAACGGAAGAUACAGAACAGACUGAAACAGAUGGAAAAGAGUCUUCUGAAAAAGCCUCAGAAAAUGAAGUAAGCAAUGGUAUAGAAUCACCAGCAGCAGAUGAGAAUUCUAGUGAGAAAAAUGAUAAUUCUGAUGACAAUACACAGGAUAAUCAUUCGGAAGUGAAUCAACCUGAAGAAAACAACAAAAGACCUGAAGAGGUAGUGACAGAUGUAAAUGGCUCAAACACAAUUAUUCAAAACUUAUCAGAAAACAAGGUUCAAGAUGAGAAGGAAAUACAAGUUGGUAAGGUAGAGGAAAAAGGAGAUGAUAAUACAAUUGACAAAGAUUCUGCACCUGGAGGUGAUGAGGGAGAUCAGACAAAAUCAGAGAGUUCAAACGUAGAGGAAUCAGCGCCUCACAGUGUUACUGAACAUGGAAUAGAGGAAAAAAGUCAUGAAACAAUGAAAGAAGAUAAUGAUAAUCAAACUGAAGGAUCUUCUUGUGAUUCAAAGAAGGAUGGUGACUUCCAAGUCACUACUGACAUUCUCACUGAAGAUAUGGAAGCAGGGCAAAAGGGUCAUGAAUCAUCUAUGUCAGGAUCAGUCAGUGAUAAAGAGAGGACUGUUAAAACCCCAGAGAGUAUUGCUGUGUCUGUAGACCUACCCGUCAACAAUCUUGCCCCUAGCCAAUCCAGAUUGAGCAAUAGGCCUGUUACGGCUGAAUCCGAGUUUGUGUAUAAUGAGCAUGACUUUCCAACUCCAGACUAUGACAUUUAUGGACCUACACCAACCACUGCAGGAAGUGAUAAGAGACAAUUUAGCCCCAGUAAACGGGAAGGUCGCACCGCUAGCAGAGGAGAAGGUGCAAAGAGUGUUACAUUUGCAGAGGAUGUUAGCAAAGGUGGUGAAGCUGAUGACAAGGAUUCAACUCAUGUUUUGGAUAAAGAGGAACCUGAUCGAGAUAACCAAGACCAAGAGAUGACAGGGGAUGAGAAACAGGAGGAAGAAAAAGGAAAAGCUACAGAGCAGGAGGAUGAGGAAAGCAGAGAUAUAUUUCCCACUGCUGUCAGUGAAGAGAAGAUUGAGGAAGCAAAGAAAAAACAAGAAGGUUUCACAAAGAAAGAAGCUUUGGCAAUCGAGCUGUUCGGUGCGUCAAAAUUUGAGCCUGAAUCAAUGGAAGAUGUCAUUACAAAGAAGGCAUUCCAACAUUUUGAAGUUGGAUGUCGAUUGUUGGAAGACGGUGACUUUGGCCAGGCAGUGAUCAGUUUAGAUAAAGCUCUUAAUCUUCUUCCUAAAGAGGUCAAGUUUUAUUUGAUGAGAGGAGAAGCCUAUCUUCAACUUUGUGAUUUUCAGUCGGCCAUUCUUAAUCUAAAGAAAGCGUGUGUUCUUCAGCCAGAUAACCAUGAGUAUUACGCAAGACUGGCGUUUGUUUAUUACUUUCAGGGCCAGAGUUUGUUUGAUCAGUGUUUGUUUCCUGAAGCUCUAGAAUCCUUCUCAAGAGCAGCUGAAAUGAGGCCAGAGAUUAUAGCCUACCACACCAGAAGCAUCGCCUGUUUAGCAGCCUUACAGCGACAUGGAGAGUGUCUGGCCUUGGUGAAUAAAAGAUUAGAAACUGAAAGAAACAAUCCUGAUCUGUACAUUAUGAGAGCAAGGCUUCAUCAACUCUUUAGAAAUACGACAUUAUGUUACUAUGACUUGAAGGACGCCCUCGCUCUGAAUCCUGAUCAAGAAGAAGCAAAGACUUUGAUGAAAGAGCUUGAGAGGAAAGCAGAGGAGAACAGAAACCAUGCCAUUAGACUUCAACUACAAGGAAAGUUUAAAGACAGUCUCACAAAGAUCACCAUAGCCAUAGAGAUGAAUCCUUCAGUGUCUGACUACCAUCUUCAGAGAGGAGCUCUUCAUCGGCGUCUGCAUGACUACAAUGCUGCAAUCGAUGACUUCCUAUUGGCUAUGGAUAAAACAGAACACAACGAGUACAGCAACAUCUACACAGAUGCUCAGCGACAGCUUCUGCUAACAUAUAAUGACUUUGCUGUGGAGUGCUUUAGUGGAAACCAUUUUGAAGAAGCCAUUUUACUUUUGAAUAAAGCAUUGAAAGGGGAGAAGAGAGAGAAGGGUCUCUACAUCAACAGAGGAGACUGCUUCUUCCGUCUUCAAGAGCUUCACUUUGCUUUAGCUGACUACCAUCAAGCUUCAGAGCUUGAUCCCUCAGACGCUGGCAUACGGUCCAGAGUAGCGGCUAUUCACAAUCAGUUUGGUUUACAGGAUUAUGAAGAGCAUAGUUACCAGGAUGCGGAAUCCAGAUUUACUAUUGCUAUACAACACAACCCAAAGCAUGGAGCGUACUACAUCUCACGCUGUAAAGUCAGACUAAUGAUGGAGAAUCAGUCAGGAGCAAGACAAGACUUUCUGAUGGCCCUUCAUCUUGACUCAUCAAACACUGAGAUCCUAACUCUGAUGCCUCGUAUCUAUCCUGGCAAGUCAGUUGGUGAUGUGAUGAGAACAAAACAUGCCAAGGAGGCCAAGAUAGCAGCUGAUAAUGCUGUCAUCACUGCUUCACCAAUCGUUCUACCAACAAUGAACAGUUCUGCACAGAAUAGUCAAGAGGAUCUAGGCGCCACCAGUAAACGAGUUAACUUUGAUCCUGAAUUAGUAUCAGACACAGUUGUCCCACCGCUGAAGUACUGUAUGAAUGAACAGGACUUCAACAGAGCUUUGACCAAACAAAAGAGAAAGAUUUCCAACCAUGUGAAGUCACUUCUCAAUGACCGAGGAACAAUGCGUGCUGAUAAACUUAAACUGAAUCCCAUACCUCCUCCCAGACCUUAUGAGGUGAGGGGAGGUCAUUGGAAGAAUCCAGAACCUGCCAUCAAACCAGGAUGGAGAACAUUCAGUCUUGGUGUGGGACUCAUGGAUUAGAUUCAGCUAUUAACCUCCCAUGCAUUCAGCCUUGGUACCGGACUCAUGGAUUAGAUUCAUAUAUCAACCUCCUAUGCAUUUAGCCUUGGUAUCGGACUCAUGGAUUAGUUUCAGCUAUCAAGCUUCCAGUGCAUUCAGCCUUGGUAUCGGACUCAUGGAUUAGAUUCAACUGCAUGUAUCAACCUCCCAUCAUUCAGCCUUGGUAUUGGACUUGGGAAUUAGAUUCAUAUAACAACCUCCCAUGCAUUCAGCCUUGGUAGCGGACUCAUGGAUUAGAUUCAUAUAUCAACCUCCCAUGCAUUCAGCCGUGUUAUCGGACUCAUAGAUUAGAUUCAGCUAUCAACCCCCUAUGCAUUCAGCCUUGGUACCAGACUCAUGGAUUAGAUUCUUAUAUCAACCUCCCAUGCAUUCAGUCUUGGUAUUAGACACAUGGAAUACAUGUAGACCCCUAUAUCCCUAUCUAUUGUAUUCAGCUAGAUUGAGUAGGAAAUAGAAUCUUGGGAUGAAUUCUUUCAUCAUUCUCUCAUACAUUCAUCCUCGAAAUAAGAUGUAUAGGAUAGUUUAAUUAUGUGCAGAAAUGCUAGCUUUUCUUAAAUGAUUGGUUCAGAACAGUAUUGAUUUAACCCUAGUAAUAUCCCUCAUUAUAAUUUGAAUUAUUAUGAUACAAGUUCCUUUAUUUGCUUUGAAUAUGCAAUAAGCCAGCACAGUCUCAUGCUUCAGUUUAAUUUAUAGAGAUUUCUAAAGAUAUAUUUAAAUUAAUAUUAUACUUGUGAUUAGGAAGUAUGGGUCAAAGUCACAAAAAUGUAUGAAAAAUAAAGGAAAAAUAAAGGGGCCUUUAAAUUAUGUUGGACCUUUGUAAUUACUUGACUUGUGAAUUCAACCUACUGCUAUGCGAUUUCUUGGACUUGUGAUUUUGAUGUAAAAAUGGAUCUUAAUACAAUCUCUUCGGCAAUGCUUGUGAGAAUAUAAGAUUUUCUUUAAUAUUUCUUGUACAUUUUUGCCUUGCAAAAUAAUCCAGAUCUAAUCCAGGGAGUUUUACCAGCUACAAAUAACUUCAUGAUUGACUGGAAUACAGAAAGCCAAAAUGGAGUAUUCAGCCAUUUUAAUAGCAUUACCCAAGGUAUGGGAGUUAACAAAUCUGGAUUUAAUCUUUUGAAAUAUAAUCUUUGUUCAUUCAUGAGAAAGAGAGAAAAAAAAUACUUGCACUUUGGCUCUUCAUAUGGUAUGGUCAAUAAUGUCAUUCAUGAUUUUAUGAAUAGUUUAUGAAACACCCUUGGUCUAUAUUCAAGUAUGAGUGUUUGAUUUCUGUGAGGUACAUGUUCCUUAUCAAAGGUCGCACACAUUGCUU